AUGUCGAGGAAGAGUGAUGAUGAUAAGUCUAAGUGGGACCAGAUCAUGGAAAGUGUUGACAUGGUGUUCGACAGGAUGAACGACAUCACCACUGCUCAGCAGAGCCUCAGCCAACAGGUCCAAGCAAGCCUGCAGAAGGUCACCCAAGUGGCAGAACAGCAAAACAUUAUGUCCCAGCAAAUCCGUGCCAAUGGUCAGGCUGUCGCCAAUCUCACACUGAGACACAUGGAGAAAGAAGAUCAGUACUUGAGUGAUACUUCCACAUCAAUAGUUGAUGAAGAAGAGCCUGAUUUGCACAAUGUGUUUGCGAAAGGCAAGAAACCCAUGAAAGUCUCCAUGUCAAAGAGCCAUAAAGACCAUCCUCCCAAUCCUAACAGAGAAUCUGUUCCCAGAAAUUCUCUUCCAAAGAUCCAAUUUCCCACAUUUGAGGGGGACAAUCCACAAAUUUGGUUUGACAAUUGUGAAAAUUAUUUCAGCAUGUACUCUCUGCCAGAACAGCUAUGGGUAACAGCUUCUGCAAUGCAUCUUCGAGACAAUGCAGCAAAAUGGUGGCAGGCCUACAAGCAGACACACAGAAAGCUCAGCUGGAAACAAUUCUGUGAGGCUGUCUACAAUGAAUUUGGCUCAGAUGAUUACAGAACUGCUGUCACUGAUAUCUUAAGUUUGAAGCAAACCAGCACGGUUGCAGAAUAUACAACCCAGUUCCAGGCUCUCAAAUUUGAUGUCUCCAUGAAUGGAUCCAAUGUAGAUGAGCAGUUCUUUACCACUACUUACAUCAAUGGCCUCAAAGAAGACAUUCGUGCUAUGGUAGAGCCUCACACCCCAUCCACAGUCAAGCAAGCUGCCACCAUUGCCAAAAUCCAUGAGGGUCAUCUGGACAGAACAAAGACAAGAAACCAGCGCCAGCAACAGUAUACAAAACCACCCUAUCAAAAACCUGAUUCCAAACCAACUCACACAUAUGGCAAUUUGUGGAGGGACAAGCAACUCAGGGAUUACAGGAAAGCAAACAAUCUAUGCUUCUCCUGUGGGGAAAAAUUUGAACCAGGGCAUGCAGAAGUUUGCACAAAGAGAGCCAAACCCCAUGUCAAUGCCAUGGUCAUCAAUGACUUGGAUAAGGAAUUGGAUGAAGACCUUCUAAAUGAGAUAGCCAUUGAAGAGCUCCUCAAUGAGGACUUUUGCCAACUGUCUUUGAAUGCAUUAGCUGGCACAGUGGCACAAAACUGCAUUCAGUUACAUACAACAGUGAAGAACAAGACCAUGCUCACACUGCUAGAUACUGGAAGCUCUCAUAGUUUUGUGAGUGCUCACUUUGUCCACAUGGCCCAACUUCCAACUGUCCCUAUACCACAUCAGAAAGUCAAGCUGGCCAAUGGGGAGUUGAUGACAACAACAGCUAAGGUACAAGACUUAACAUGGUACAUUCAGGGUCACACUUUCACUUUCAGCAUGAUUGUUUUGGACCUCCUUCCUUAUGAUGCAAUCUUGGGCUAUGAUUGGUUAGUCAGUAACAGCCCCAUGGAAUGUGACUGGGCAACUAAAAGUCUAACAUUUCAACACCAAGGCAAAUCAGUCACCAUCAAGGGCAUGCCUACACAACCACUGCAAGUUCAUAGCAUGACAGCCAAGCAAGUCUACAAAUCCACAAAGGCCAAUGACAUCUGGGCCUAUGUGUUCCUGGACACUGCCACAGAAACAACUUUCCCUCCUACAGCAGUACCCACAGUUGCCAAUGAGGAUAUCCAACUCCUACUCCACCAAUAUGCUGAUGUCUUUACAGACCCCCAAACAUUACCUCCACAACGCAGCUAUGAUCAUACUAUUCCCCUGGUUCCUGAUGCAGUACCCUUUAACUCCAGACCAUAUCAUUAUUCACCCCAGCACAAAACAGAGAUCGAAAAACAAGUCAAAUACCUCCUCGAACAUGGCCUCAUCACCCACAGCAACAGCCCCUUUGCAUCCCCUGUGCUGUUGGUCAAGAAAAAGGAUGGUAGUUGGCGCUUCUGUGUGGACUACAGAAAAUUGAAUGCCUUGACAGUAAAAAACAAAUUUCCUCUUCCCAUCAUUGAAGAGAUUUUGGAUGAACUCCAAGGAUCCAGGAUAUUCACAAAGCUGGACAUGAAAUCUGGCUAUCACCAAGUCAGAAUGCUGCCUGCAGAUGAGCACAAAACAGCAUUCAAGACUCACCAUGGCCAUUAUCAAUUCAAAGUGAUGCCAUUUGGGUUAACAAAUGCACCAGCAACUUUUCAAUGCAUCAUGAACCAAGUCUUACAACCCUUCCUACGGCAGUUUGUGUUGGUAUUUCUAGAUGAUAUCCUCAUUUACAGCAAGACCAUGGCAGAUCAUAUCCAGCAUUUGCAAGAAGUUCUGGAAAUUCUACGAGCCAAUCAACUAUACUUGAAAGCCAGCAAGUGCUCUUUUGGCCAAAACAGUCUGGAGUAUUUGGGUCACAUCAUCUCUGCUCAAGGAGUUGCAACUGAUCCAACAAAAACCCAAGCUAUGAUACAGUGGCCUGUCCCUACCACUUUCACUGAACUGAGGGCCUUCUUGGGACUCACUGGCUACUAUAGAAAGUUUGUCAAACACUAUGGCAUCAUUGCUAAACCACUCACAGCCAUACUCAGACACAAGGAAUUCAUGUGGUCUGACCAAGCUCAACAAGCAUUCCAAACACUGAAACAGGCCAUGACCUCCACUCCUGUUCUUGCUCUACCAGAUUUCCAAGCUCAGUUUACAGUGGAAACAGAUGCCUGUUUUGAUGGAGUGGGAGCAGUACUAAUGCAACAGGGUCAACCCAUAGCCUACUUAAGUAAGGCCUUAUCCUCAAAGCAUCAGCACCUAUCCAUCUAUGAGAACGAAUUCUUGGCUUUGAUCCUAGCUGUGGACAAAUGGAGACACUACCUACAGCGCCAGGAGUUCAUCAUCUUAACUGAUCACAAGUCAUUGGCCUACCUCGCUGAGCAAACACUACACUCUGAAAUGCAAAAGAAAGCAAUGACUAGAUUGAUGGGCCUGCAAUUCAAAAUCAAGUAUCGCAAAGGCAAGGAAAACCUGGCUGCUGAUGCCCUCUCUAGGGUGGCCCACAUGUUGGCAGUUCAAACAGUGACCAAGGUCCAGCCACAGUGGAUUCAAGAGGUACUGAAUUCAUAUACUACUGACCCUCAUGCACAAAAGCUCAUCAGCCAACUCUCCAUCACUAGUCCUGAUGCUAAUGUGUUUUCUUCUUUGCCUGUUCUGACCGACCUGGAAGCUACAGCGACGGUCCCUGAUCAGGUACUGGAGCGGCGCCUCGUCAAGAAAGGCAACACGGCAAUCACUCAAGUCUUGGUCACCUGGACAGGACUUCCAAAAGACACAGCCACAUGGGAGGACUACUACGUCGUCAAGAACAGGUUUCCAGCUGCACCUGCUUGGGGACAAGCAGCUUCUCCGACCGGGGGAGAUGUCACGGCACGCACAUGA